ACCUGGGCGCUUCCCGUCAGUUUAGUUUAGUCAUUCGCUGAUUUUGACCUGUGAAGACUGUCACAAUGUUAUGUGGAGGGCUUGAACCGUCAACUCCUGCAGACGAAGCUGUUCAGGAGAUCUGUCAAAGCAUGAAGCCCCAUGCAGAGAAAAAAGCAGGAAAAUCCUAUGAUGUCUUCAACGCCAAGAGUUACAGGUCGCAGGUGGUGGCCGGGACCAACUACUUCAUAAAGGUGCAUGUGGGUGGAGACGAUCAUGUUCACCUCCGUGUCUACAAAAAACUCCCAUGUUACGGAGGAGACCUGGAGCUGACUGAUAUGCAGCAAUCCAAGAGCCACCACGACCCUAUUGAGUACUUCUGAUCGGAUCACAAACCAAGCAAAGCACCCCAUCAGUGCCUACAAGCUGCCGUCUUAUUGUAAACAAUUAUUAUCAAAAUGCUCUGCUUCUUUUGUCUUGGAUCAUUAUAUAAAAACAAUGUUAUAUGCAGUUCUCGUUACUGACAUGUAAUAACAUACUGUAUGAUGAUACUGAUCAUGAUGAUAGUUUGUCAAGAAGGAACAAUUUUGUACAAGAUGAAUUCAUAAAUGAAUCAAAUUUGCUGUGACUCUGUUAA